AUGCAAACGGCGAAAGGAUAUGAUAGGAUUGGCGUAGUUAAGCAAGUAGCAAAGGAACCACGGUCGUACAUCGUCGAAGCAAAUGGAAAAGCGUAUAGAAGAAAUCGAAGACAUUUGCUUGCUGUACCAGAACCAUAUUAUCAUAUCAAAGAAGAACCUGACGAACCAGAUGGAAGCACACCAUUUGAGAGUUCUCCACAACCAGUAUCAAACCACCCUACAGUUAAUACGGUUCCCAAUGAAAACUACGAAGUUCCACAACAAGCAGUAUCAAUCCCAACACCCAUAUUACCACCAG